UGACGUAGUUAUUGCGCGACACGACGUUUAGCUCAGUGGAGAGCUGCCAGAAACAUCCGCAAGGGGGGCGGCUAGCUACAGAAGUUGCAUUUAAAUAUAAGAUAAGGCAUCCCUGUUCCAAACAUUACACAGGAAACAACCAAACAGAGAUAUCAUCUCCCUCAGCGUUCGUUCACUUCCACGACAGACAUUCCUUGGACGUGUUUUCUGCAUUUCAUGUGUAACACACUCAAAAGGAUCCAUGUCUUUUCUUCGUUGGGUAUCUGAGAAAUUGAGUGUGGAGAGCCUUCGGGAUUUGGAGUUAUUUGGAGGUGAGGUUCAAGGCAUUCCCAAUCCACUGCUUACACAUCUUAUAGAUUAGGCCCUUCAUAAGCACAAAAACAACAACAAUUCUCUAAAGGAGUAGUUUCUUUCUCUUCCUCUCAGAGUUCAUUUUUGUAUCAGAUUUAUAAAAAGUUUUCUAUCCAAUCAUUUGCUCCCAGUCCUAAGUGUUACUGCCUCAUUUCCCCCUUCAGCUACAAUAUCUUAUAUGAGGACGACACACACAAUCACUCUUUAAUUAUGCUUCAUGUAAACCUGUCACAUAAAAACCUGCACAGUUUUAUUUAACGCUGCUUCUGAAUGUGUUUAUCUUGUGUGUGAAAAUGUUGCACACUUUACUUUGGCUAUCAAAUAUUUAAUUUGCCUUUGCAGCUGAAUUUGACUCAAUCCUGUUUGUGAUUAUGACCGCCUGUUAAUGCCACAUUUGCUUAUAUUAAGCUUUAAGUUAUAAAUGCAUAAAAGUAUAGAAGUCAUGUUGCUGCAGAGCUUUAAGAUAACAGUUAGAGCUUUGCAAAUGUUUGCUUGUUUUAAAUCCUUACUGCUGCAGUCGGUUCACAGCUUUUAAACAUCUAACACGCUCCAUACUACGGUUAUACAAAUUAAACUGUGUUGAUUUGCCAGGUUUAAGUUAUGCCGUACCAUGUUUCUUUUCUCUUUCUACUCACCGGGACUAGCCUGAAAACCAAUGCAGACACCUACACUUUGUACAAAACCGGCAAAAACACCACAGAGGUCAUAGCUCUUCCUGUUUUUUUAAUCCAUAGAUGGAUGUAAAGACUCCCACACUAAUGUUCAAACUGCUGGAGAAAAAUAAUCUGACCUGAAACAGUGAAAAUCAUAUCUGUCUGAGUGGGACACUUCUUAUUCAAUUACUUAUUCCCGGUUGGCUACAGAGGAAUCAGGGCUCAGGUGUCUUUGUCACUUUCACAGUAUUUGUAUGAAGUGUUACAUUUUGUUUUGGGUUUUUCUUUUCACUUUUUCCCCUUAGCUUGUCCAAGUAGUCUUUAAAUUGGAACAACUGCCCCCAAGUCAUACAUUUCUACACGUAUGUUUGUCUAAUUUGAGACCAGUAUGAUGAAAAUGAUGCACAUUUUUAACUGCUACGUUUUUCCUUGAUGGUGGGAGUGGUACUUCCCUUGGACAGUUGGUACUCCAAAAUGUUAAAUUUUUCUGCUACCUUCCCAGAUUUCAGUUUAAGACCCUGAAUAAGAAAGGAAGGUGUACCAUUGCAAAUGUAAAAGCAGGAUAGAGGGGACAUUUUUAGGACUAUAUCUUGUUAUUUCUUUGUGUCCUGAAGAUAAGAACACUGUGUUUGUGUCUGUGUAUCAGUAGUUUGUGUAUCUUUUAAGGUCCCAUAUUUCUCAACAUAAGUGGUUGGUUUAAUUUGGCGCUUUCUUAAAGCUUCUGUCUGUUCUGCAGAGGUUUCGGGGAGGAUCAUUCUUUGUUUUUUUUCUUUGCAAGCUUUGCCUCAUUUGAAUUUCCUGCUGGCAGAUCAUUGCUUGAUACUGCAUGCUGGUUAAAGUAGAUCAUUUAUGUUUUGGCUGUUCUAUGUUCUCAUUGUCCAACUUAAUGUCUGGGAGAAACCUGCAGGGUGUAACUUCAUUAUUUGUUGUUUUUUGCAUUUGCUUUGGUGAGAAAAUAUUGAAUUAUUUCAGUCAUAUUUCCAUAACUGAUCAUGACAAAGCCUGCUGCGAGCUCCCUGAACUCGACGCUGCACGUCCCGGUUCAAGAGCUGCUCUAAACACCGAUCCUUCUCCUGUUUGUGUGUGUGUGUACAUGUCUCUAUGUCAUUGAUGUGGUUUCUCUACCCCAGAGCAAGCUCAGGGACUCUCUCACAGGAAAGUAAGUGUGGUACUCCUGUCACUGCAUUAUCACCGCCCAUAUGCCUUUUGUGCAUGCAUGAGUAUGUGCGCAUAGAGGUCUAUGAGUAGAGUAACCCACACCCCUCCCCUCAAGGCUUCUGCACAGUCAUGUCUGCAUGUACUUCACGAAAACACGCUGUACAUGCUCGUAACUCAGGAGGACAUCUCACGGCGCUCACCGGGGCUUCUGUUGGGGAGAAAGAGGAAGGCGGAGUGUAGAGUCCGCCUAUCGAUCAGUCCUGUUUGAGUCCGCAGUGUGCCGUUAACAUGCUGUGCUCUGGAUUUUGGUGUCGUUGAGUCACCUCACAAAGAGUCUAAUUAUGUGUUGUGAGUGUUUGACACUGCCUGUCUGUGCUGAUUCUCUGUUGUUGAGUUGAUGUUGAAUUUAAACGUGUGUUCCCACUUUGAUGUCGAGCACUGUGUCUCUCUGCAGGCUGUAGACUGAUGGAGGUAACAUGUUCAGCUUUAGCACAGCAUGGCACCCCGUUUCAAUCUGAUCAGGAUGGUAGUUUGUGCCGUCUGAUUAGAUUAACAUAAACAGACGCUACCUUAACACACGGCUGCUAUAGCAUGUAUGAUAGUUUUUAGCACAGGCUUUAUUUACCUUCACGUCUGUACAAGUGUCCACAUAUGGAACACCUCUUGAGGAUAUUUAACUCCAUGUCAGAGUCACCUCUUGACCUUAGGAUACAAUACUACUCCAUGGAGUGCACAACUCUGGUUCUAAAUGUGCUGCUUCAUCCUUAUCCUCUGAAAAAAUCCAAAUACUCCUUCAGCUUGCCCUCAUUUGCCUCCACAGCUUGCUGCUGCUGCAGUCCGUCCAUUAUGAUCAUUUUAAUGGAGAUGCAUUGAUGGAACUCAGGAGUCUUCGCUGACGAGCACAUUCACUAAGUGGGUGUAUGAUGCACAAGCUUAGAUCAGCUUGUACCAAACAUGAGAAGAUAUAUAUCAUUAUAUUGUGAGUCACCAUCAGCUGUAGCUGCUGCCAAGAUUCCCUUUAACGCACCUUGAUAACACAGUUCAAAACGUCCUCAGGUAAACUUUAACACUUCUAAUGUAUGAUCAGUCCUCCGUCAGUCACUCACAAGGUUUUUAACAGAGUCCUGCGAUGUGAAGUCAGCAUCAUGUAACAUCUUCGUUUACUCUCCCUCCUCCCCCACCUCAUCUCUAGGCCCAUGAGGACAGUCGGGAGAGUCUGACCUCCUCCCCACACCGGGGCACCAUGAGCAUCUUCCUUCCUGACAGCAGCUCCUACGAGGUCCUUACUGUGAUCGGGCGGGGCUUGGACGAGUUGAUGACAGUGAACCUGGCCCGGUACAAACCCACAGGAGAACACGUGGCUAUCCGACGGAUCGACUUAGAAUCAUGCACCAACGACAUGGUUACAUACCUGCAGGGUGAACUGCACGUGUCAAAGCUGUUUCAUCACUCCAGUAUUGUACCGUACAAGAGCGUCUUCAUAGCAGAAAACGAACUAUGGGUCAUUACUCCCUUCAUGGCUUACGGGUCAGCCAGAGAUCUGAUCUGCACACACUUCACUGAUGGUAUGGCUGAGUUGACCAUCGCAUACAUUUUACUGGGUAUGCUCAGAGCUCUGGAAUACAUCCACCACAUGGGAUACGUUCACCGGAGUGUGAAGGCCAGCCACGUACUGAUCUCAGCAGACGGACAGGUCUGCAUGUCGGGUCUACGGAGCAUCUUCAGUCUGAUCCGUCACGGGCAGAGGGCCAGAGUCGUCCAUGAUUUCCCCCAGUACAGCGUCAAAGUGCUGCCCUGGCUCAGCCCUGAGGUGCUGCAGCAGAACCUUCAUGGUUACGACUCUCGGUCAGACAUCUACAGCCUCGGCAUCACCGCCUGUGAGCUGGCAAACGGACAUGUCCCCUUCAAAGACAUGCCAGCUACACAGAUGCUGCUGGAGAAGCUGAACGGGACAGUGCCGUGUUUGCUGGACACCACCACUAUCCCACCAGAGGAGCUGUCACUGAAACCGUCUCGCUCUGGGGCCGACUCUGGGAUCUGUGAGGGGCCGGGAGCUGGAAGCAUUCGCCAGUCCAACGGAGAGGCCUCGUCCUCGUCAGGACACCCGUACAACCGGACCUUCUCCCCACACUUCCAUGCCUUCGUUGAGCUGUGUCUACAGCGAGACCCUGAAAAGAGACCAUCUGCCACCACUCUAGUCAGCCAUCCCUUCUUCAAACAGAUUAAGCGCCGGCCCUCGGAGGCGUUGCCUGAGCUGUUACGACCUGUGUCGCCCAUCACAAGUUACGAGGCCUCCCAACUACAUGACUCUCCCUCCGGACUGGCCAGCCUGGAGUCGGGGCUGAGCCACCUGGAUGUGGACGACUGGGACUUCUGACAGUGGAGGACUCGGCGGAUUGGGAUGGGACACUCUCAGAGCAUGCUGGAGAUUUGUUUUUGUAAAGGCCCCGUUGUAAAUAAUUCAGAUGUAAAAGUGAAGAGUUGAUGUUCUCAGACAGAGGUUACAAGCCAGCAGCCAUCUUGCCUCUUUUUUGAUGUUUCACACGCUUUUGUUGUUUAGAUAUGCACAGACUCUUCUACUGCACUGAUGGCCUCUUUCCUCACAAACACACUCGUACAUAGAUUGUACCCUCACAUACAAGCCCCCCCUCACAUACAAGCCCCCCCCCAUGGAGCCAAAAGGACCCCGACAUGCUGUUAGAGGACGGCCUGUGGGUCGAGGUGUGGACUGACUGUAAAGAUUCAAAUGAAAUGCAUCAGUGGAAAGCUGCUACUUUACAUAAAGAGGGGACACUCUACCUCUUGUUUCAGCAUGACUGCAUAAUGUGGCCCGUCUGCUCAGUGAGGCCACCACCAGGGUGAACUCUGUGUGCCCUCUCUGCACCAGAUGGAAGGUUCUGACUUUGUCUCCGAGGGUCUGCUAACUGAACAGCAUGUGUAUGCAUUUCUUAGCUCUCUGUUAAAAUGUAAACUACAUCUCAUGCUUAAGCAUCUCUUUUGUUACACAGAGGCUGAACAUAACACCCAUUACGCUACCCUUCAAGCAUAGAAGUGUAUUUUCUCAAACUUAACCCUGGGUGUGAUGUUACUCACGUGAAUGUUACAUUGGUGCUUGUUUUUGUCUGCUUGUAUGUUUGAAAGUGAGGGCAGAGCAGAGUGUUGCAAAUGUCAAGCUGGACUUUUAAAAAUAAACAUUGUUCACUUUAA